AUGGAUUUCGAGGACGACUUGUCGUCGACGAGCCCCUCCUCGUCGGCCAAUAGUCUUCGGAAACGCAAUAAUUCCGCCCGAAAGGCGUCCGACAUCAGGAAUAUCAUCGAAAAGCAAACCCAAGACAUACAGGAGGCGGGCGCUCACCUCCUGUGGCACCGGCACAGCGAUCAGUCGCCCAAAUACGAUGUGAUACUCAUUAUUACGCCCAAAGGCUAUCACAUAAUCGACUCGUUGGUCCAGAUUAUGGCCGACAAACUGCCCGAACUGACCGUCGAAGUGAAGCCUCACUCGCACUAUAAGGAACAGGCGUUUUAUAUCACCGCCGCCGACGACACACUCCUGUCCGGCGCCAAACAGUUAGGCUAUGAGCUGAGCGAACAGCACCGGACGUCCCACCCGUUGACCACACUCGAGAGGCAGACACUGAUAAUGCAUUUUCUCAAUACAUUGCGUUUCACCACUUCAGGAGACGAUCAGAAUUCGGCAAUCAUUCAAAACGAGUGGAAACGUCUGAAACUGAAACAUAAGGACCCGAUUGUACCGAAACUCAUUGCCCGCAAUCUUAUCAAACAAGUCCUGCCGCUACACAACGAGCACACAUUAUCACAACUGCGGACCCAAUGGGUCGCCGCUUUCUUCUCCCCCCAACCACUGGACACUAUUUGUCAAUACUUUGGCCAUAAGAUUGCCAUCUAUUUUGCAUUCUUAGGCUUCUAUACGUUUGCGUUGAUAUUUCCGGCCAUUUUGGGUAUUUUUAUCACGUUUUACGCCCACAGCAGUCCCUACGGCGAAGUCUAUGUCUUAUCAUUUGCUGUACUGAAUAUCGUUUGGUCGACAAUAUUCCUCCAGAAGUGGCGUCACAAUAGCCAACAACUGAUCCACGGAUGGAACUCCACUUUCAACCGGUUCGAGACCGGCGACGAACAGCUGGUCCGAAGACCACUCUUCCGCGACACGAGUUUUACCGAUUCUUUAAGUGUUGAAACCGAACGCAAAUUAUUUAAAUAUUUCAUUACUUAUCCAAUCAUUGGUUUCUGUUUGCUAUUCAUAUUCGGUGUAAUGAUUGCUGUGUUUAGGUUUCAGCUCCAAUUCAUGAACUCGUUUUUAUCCCUCUUUUACAUCGCUUUCUAUAUCGGAGAUAUGGAUAAACUUCAGGAGCAAUUGGCGACUCUAUUGAUCACACGUCAGGUGAUCGGUAACAUCAAAGAGUCGAUUGUGCCGUUCGUGUGGGAGUCGUACAAACUCUCGGCAAAGUUGCACAAAAUCCGUGUCAAUGAGAUCUCAUCGGUUGAAUUGGAGGCCAAUAUGCGGCGAUACGACAGCACUUUCGACGACUACCUCGAGCUCAUCAUACAAUUCGGUUACGUUAUGCUCUUCUCGUCCACUUUCCCGAUGGCCGCCGUCUGCGCCCUCAUUAACAACAUCAUUGAGAUCCGUUCCGAUGCCUUCAAACUCUGUGUCAUAUAUCAGCGGCCGUUCGGCGGCCAUCGGGUCCGCGAUAUCGGCCAAUGGGAGGACGUGUUGAACGCCAUCGCUUACAUCGCGAUUAUCGUCAACUGCGCUCUCAUCGCCAAAACCAGACUCAUCUCGAAGAUUGUGGGCAUCACUGAUGACGUUCAGCUCGUCCUCAUCAGUGUUGUCAUUGAGACAACAACCGAUGGAUCCGAUGGACAACCGCUGACCACUGACAUCAAUCAUCUCAUCCAUCACUGUGAUUAUGGCCUAAGAAUCUCAUCAUCGAAACGCUUCCCAUUAUCUGCCCGUUUGGCCACAAUUGACGCCAUAUUUCUCACUCAUUCUCAGCUACAUACACACCAAAGACAGCCGCGGUUUGGGUCUGCGGUACUGAUUAACACAUUGAUCGGUGAAGACAACGAUAUGAUGGACACCGAAAUGGAUUGCGAUCCCAGCGACGGGUCGGCGCCCUCCGGAGGUGGCAACAGAUCCACGCAUACCAUCCGUAAUCCAGGGCUCAGUUUCGUGGGCGGUCUCUCUUCGGCGACGGAACCGUCGACGCCGUACUCGACUCAGUCGUUGUCGCGUCGAUUGGCGCCCAACACAAUAGGCCUGCAUAUGAAUCCGUCGGCGAAGCUGUUGCUGAAUCAACGGCGAAGCAGUUCCGGUAUAUUCAUCACAAGUAUGUUUGGCUCCCGAUUCAGACACUUACAGAAACUGCAUUCGGAGGCCUUUCUGGGCCUCAACACCAUCUGUUUGCCGGGUCUCCCGAUUGGCGCCGUAUUCCGGUCGUCACUGCCGGCCACACCCGUCGCCACUCCCAUACACCGCGAGGCGUUUCAACAGUUCACAGAACAGGCACUCCGUGAGCGACUCUGUCGGACGCCGUCUCCGCGCAAGAAUCGCGGUUUCCUUUCGGCCAUCUCUGGCGCCGGCGACCAACAGAUGCGUUCGGUGUCGCCGUCCUUCAGUCAAUCGUCGGCCGGCGACGGCUUACACGACGUGUCGGACGUUCAGCCGAUGGACAUCGCGUCGCCGAUCGACGAGCCGGUCAUUGAGGACACCAAAGGCGAAGAGAGUACAAACGGGUCCAACCUUUACGGCGGUAGUGGUGGUGGCGGUGGAGGCGGCGAACACUACUUCGGUCACAGCCAUCGACUGCAUCGGACGCCCGCCGACACCGAUCCCGACGAACCGCCGGACGAAGCGAACCAACGGCGGCUUUUUGUAGGAAAUAUCAGUUAUAGAGGGACACUAAUCUCCGAGUAUGGAUUCAUAACAUUUAAACGUGUCUGUGAUGUGCAAACUGUGCUCAGCGCCGAUCCAAGUGAACUGGUUUUAGAUAACAGACAACUUCGGGUAAAUUUGGCCAAACCUAAAGUGUUUAAGCAAAUGAAAGCCGAAGUACAGGAGUUGAGUCGCGUUGCACAAGACACGCUACUCAUGGCCUUGGCGAUAAACCUGUUGGAGAAUCUGGUCGACCAAACAGUCCUCGAACUCGUGUGCAAACGAUGGCAGAGUCUGAUGGCCAGAAUCUGGUCCACAAGAUCUCACUUGUCAUUUACGUCGACAUUCUUUCGCUUUGAAGCUCCGGCUGUUUCUUGUCCUCUAUUGGAGACAUUAGUCUAUGACUCGGGAGAGACCACUGAUUAUACGGUCAAAAUUCUGGGUCAAAACUGUCCGAAUCUCAAGAGUUUAUAUCUGAACUGUUGUUCAAAUUAUGGCGAAGAGGGUCUUUGGUGGCUCCUCAAG